CAUUUAUAUACCUCAUCAUCUUUCUACGCCUCACAGCUGGCGAACUCAACACUACAUCACCGCAUGAAGGUACAAUAGGCAACAGCAUUCCAACCCCUUUUCCUCAGCCUACCUUGCUUUCCCCCUCCCCUCGCUGGCUGUCCAUAUCUAUCGAUCUAUCGGCCUCAAUACGAUUUACUGAAGUGCGACGAAGUCUCUCUCAGGAUCACAGCUAGACCACUAGAGAUUCCGGAGAAUCCGCCAUCAUGGUCGGCAAUAAGACGAUCCCGCUCUUGAUCGUGGGGAUGCUGCUGACGGGAAUCAGCAACAGCAUGUUCACAAAAUGGCAAGACAUGCAAUGUGUAGAGUAUUGCGACUCACCAGAUCCAGCCGACCACGUCGAGUUCAGUCAGCCCGUCUGGCAAACAGCCCAAAUGUUCUUCGGCGAAUGUCUCUGUCUCCUCCCCGGCUUCUACACAUUCAUAAUGAAGCACCUCAGAGCCUUCCGCAAUCGGCGGCAGGGUAAGACGGCCAAUGGCGGGUAUGAGCCGAUCUCGCAGACUGUGAAUGGAGAUGGGGGAGAGGGGCACCAGCAGACAGAGUCGAAUGGGAAUGGAAAUGCUGGAUCGAGAGACGUGGAAGGUGGGGGAGGGGGUGCAACGGAAGAUGAAGGAGAGGCACUCGAGGGAACGGCUCCCCUGCUCUUCUUUGCGCCGGCAGCUUGCGACAUUUGCGGUACUACCCUGAUGAAUGUCGGACUGCUCUUCACGCCCGUAUCUAUUUAUCAGAUGACAAGAGGUGCUCUGGUCCUCUGGGUCGGCGUUUUCAGUGUCAUCUUCCUGAGGAGACAUCUCUACCUGUUCCAGUGGCUAAGUCUCGUCACUGUCAUGCUCGGAGUCUGCAUUGUUGGCCUCUCCGGCACAAUCCUCAAAGAAUCUGCGCCAGCGGCAGCUUCUUACUUCUUCAACAACUCCAGCCUACCGUCUCCGUUCCUCCCGGCAGCCCACCCAUCAGCUGCCGUGUAUAACCUGCCACUAUCCAGCGAGGUCAGCCCAUUCAUCAAUGGUGGGCUGACGGACAUCUUCGGCGAGCAUAAGAAGAACGGCACUGGUGGAGGCCACGGAGGUAAAGGUGGAAGUGGUGGGGACGAGCCGAUUCCUGAGGCCAUUGAGGCACUCUUUGGAGUCUUUCUCAUCCUCUUCGCUCAGCUAUUCACUGCCAGUCAGUUUGUUCUGGAGGAAAAGAUCAUGUCCAAGUACGACGUCGAGCCGCUUUUGGCAGUAGGCUACGAGGGUCUCUUCGGUGUCAUUACCACUCUCGUCGCCAUGCCCACCCUGCACUUCUUUUACGGCUCUACCCUCGCGGGUCAAGGUGGCUACUUUGACAUGCGCACCGGCUGGAACCAGAUGAUCUCUUCGAAGCCCAUCCUGUGGUCAGCCGCCGCCUCUGCCGUGUCCAUUGCCCUGUUCAACGGAUGCGGUCUGGCCGUCACUCGGGCCAUUUCUGCAACAGCACGAAGCACAAUAGACACCUGUCGUACCCUGGGCAUUUGGGUUGCGAGCUUGCUCCUCGGAUGGGAAGUACUGCGCCCUCUCAGCGGAAGUCUGCAGAUGCUCGGAUUUGCCCUCCUCGUCUAUGGCACCCUCGUCUUCAAUGGCAUCAUUCGCCCACCGAAGUUCGUCCGGCCCAACUUGCGCAGCCGUUCGAGCCGGAGCGGUAGUCGUGCCCGCAGCAGGGGGAGGAGCAGGAGUGGUGCACCUGGCUCUUCCUCAAGGGGAGGCGGCGGAGGAGGAGGAGGAGGGGGAGGAGGGGGAGGAGAGGGGGCUUCGAGCAAUGGAGAGGAACGGCGGUCUCGAGGCAGAAGCAGAAGGAGUGGCAAGAGCAAGAGCACAAGUAAGAACAAGGGCAAGAGGACACCACAGCAAGACGGCAGCGGAGCGGAGCAGACUGCUGAUGGGGGAGAGGCUGGACAACAAUCUGAGGGCUCGAAUGUUAAGACUGGGAAGCUGAUAGAUGACUCUGCAGAGGGAGGAGACAGCAAGGGGUCGCAGAAUGGUCAGCAAUGAAAGCGACGAAGCGGAGAGCACUUGGGAGAAAAGAGAAAGACGAAAUGAGGCGAGGCCUG